AUGGCAGAACCACCAAUAGUCCUCGAUGGAGGAACUGGUUUCCUGAAAGUCGGAUAUGCAGCUCAGAAUUUCCCAGAGUUCCAAUACCCUUCUAUUGUCGGUCGACCAAUUCUGCGAUCCGAAGAAAAGGGUGAUGAUGGCAUGGUCAUUAAGGACAUCAUGUGUGGUGAUGAAGCUGCCGCAGCGAGGACAAUGCUUCAAGUCUCAUAUCCUAUGGAAAACGGUAUUGUCAAGAAAUGGGAUGAUAUGCAACACCUUUGGGAUUAUACGUUUUACGAGAAAAUGAAGGUCGAUCCUACUGGUCGGAAGAUUCUCUUGACAGAACCACCAAUGAACCCCUUAAAGAACAGAGAACAAAUGUGCGAAGUCAUGUUUGAAAGGUAUCAAUUUGGAGGAGUUUACGUGGCUAUUCAAGCAGUCUUGGCUCUAUAUGCACAAGGUCUCAGUUCUGGAGUUGUGGUUGAUUCUGGAGACGGAGUUACACAUAUUGUACCGGUUUACGAAUCAGUUGUCCUCAACCAUCUUACUCGUCGUCUUGAUGUCGCCGGUCGAGAUGUCACACGAAACUUGAUUGCUCUCUUAUUACGUCGCGGAUAUGCUUUGAACAGAACAGCGGAUUUCGAAACAGUUCGACAAAUUAAGGAGAAGCUUUGCUAUGUUUCUUACGAUCUUGAGUUGGAUCAACGCUUGAGUGAAGAUACCACUGUAUUGGUUGAAAGUUACACUCUACCUGAUGGGCGUGUGAUCCGGGUUGGAAGUGAACGUUUCGAAGCUCCAGAGUGCCUCUUCCAACCUCAUCUCGUCGAUGUUGAACAACCCGGUAUUGCCGAGUUCCUUUUCAACACCAUUCAAGCUGCAGAUGUCGAUGUGCGAUCCUCUCUUUUCAAAGCUAUCGUUCUAUCUGGUGGUUCAUCUAUGUAUCCUGGUCUGCCAUCACGACUCGAGAAAGAAUUAAAACAAUUAUGGUUAACAAGAGUUCUCGGUGGAGAUCCUGAACGCUUAAAUAAGUUCAAGGUCCGAAUUGAAGAUCCUCCUAGGAGGAGGCAUAUGGUUUUCUUGGGAGGUGCAGUGUUGGCAAAUAUUAUGGCUGAUAAAGAGAACAUGUGGAUUACAAAGCAAGAAUGGGAGGAGCAAGGCACAAGAGUAUUGGAAAAGUUGGGACCUAGAUAG